UGACAGUUCUCCAGCUGACUUGAUUAAAGUGCAAACAGUCUAUGGCUUGGAUGACUUACGUCUCACAUUGGUUUGAGCAAGAUGAUUGGUAUGAAGGACUACAAAGAGCAACCAUGUCCCAGGUCAGACAAGUGGGACUGCUGGCUGCUGGGUGUCAGCCAUGGAACAAAGAUGUGUGUGCUGCCAACGGAGACCGGUUUGCUUACUGCGCAACUCUGGCCAUCUAUAUAUACCAGUUGGAUCACCGUUAUAAUGAAUUCAAACUUCAUGCAAUUAUGUCGGAACAUAAAAAGACAAUCACGGCAAUCUCUUGGUGUCCCCAUAACCCUGACCUGUUUGCAAGUGGCAGUACUGAUAACUUAGUGAUCAUUUGGAAUGUUGCAGAGCAAAAAGUCAUUGCUAAACUCGACAACAUCAAAGGGACACCUGCCUGUCUUGGCUGGUGCUGGAACACCGAUGAUGCUGUGGCCUUCAUUUCCCAGAAAGGUCCUCUGCUCAUUUGGACCAUCUCGGGACCAGACAGUGGAGUGUCUGUACACAAAGAAGCUCAUAGUUUUGUGUCGGAUAUCUGUAUAUUUAGAUGGCACAACCAAAAGAAGGGAAAAGUUGCAUUUGGUCAUAUCGAUGGAAGCAUAUCAAUUUUUCAGCCUGGUAGUAAACAUCAGAAGCACGUUCUGAGACCUGAGUCUCUUGAAGGGACAGAUGAAGAGGAUCCAGUGACAGCCCUGGAGUGGGACCCCCUAUCCACUGACUAUCUUCUGGUGGCUAAUUUGCAUUAUGGGAUUCGCCUGCUGGAUUCUGAAUCACUGUAUUGCAUCACAACGUUUACUUUUCCCAGUGCAGCAGUGUCUGUGCAGUGCUUAGCCUGGGUUCCCAGUGCUCCAGGCAUGUUUAUAACCGGAGAUUCUCAAGUGGGUGUUUUACGUAUUUGGAAUGUUUCAAGAACAACACCUAUCGAUAAUUUUAAAUUAAAGAAAAUGGGAUUUCACUGCUUACAUGUAGUUAAUUCUCCUCCAAAGAAGAAAUUUUCAGCUCAGUCUCCAAACAGAAAUCAUUAUACCUCCUCAACAAGUGAAGCAGUUCCACCCCCAAACUUGACGCAGAAUCAAGCAUUUUCUCUUCCUCCUGGUCAUGUUGUGUGCUGCUUCUUGGAUGGUGGAGUUGGGCUUUAUGAUAUGGGAGCCAAGAAGUGGGAUUUUCUUAGGGAAUUGGGCCAUGUGGAAACUAUAUUUGACUGCAAAUUCAAACCUGAUGAUCCAAAUCUCUUAGCAACAGCUUCAUUUGAUGGCACUAUAAAAGUCUGGGAUGUAAACACCUUAACAGCAGUGUAUACUUCUCCUGGUAAUGAAGGGGUCAUUUUUGCUCUUUCAUGGGCUCCAGGUGAUUCAGAUUGCAUUGCUGGUGCCACUUCCCAAAAUGGUGCUUUUAUUUGGGAUGUUCAAAAGGGCAAAAUGAUACAGCGAUUCAAUGAGCAUGGGAAGAAUGUAAUAUUCUACAUUGCCUGGAGUCACAAAGAUUCUAAACGAAUAGCAACCUGCAGUGGGGAUGGUUUCUGUAUCAUUCGAACAAUUGAGGGGAAAAUUCUGCACAAGUACAAACACCCGGCUGCUGUGUUCGGCUGUGAUUGGAGUCAAAACAACAAAGACAUGAUAGCCACUGGCUGUGAAGACAAAAAUGUCCGGGUCUUUUACAUAGCCACUAGCUCUAACCAGCCACUGAAAGUCUUUAGUGGGCACACAGCAAGAGUAUUCCAUGUGAAAUGGUCUCCUCUGAGGGAAGGAAUCCUCUGCAGUGGUUCUGAUGAUGGUUCUGUUCGAAUCUGGGAUUAUACUCAAGAUGCUUGCAUAAACAUUCUCAAUGGACACACCGCACCUGUGAGGGGAUUAAUGUGGAAUACUGAGAUUCCGUACCUACUAAUAUCUGGAAGCUGGGACUAUACUAUCAAAGUAUGGGAUACUCGGGAAGGAAUUUGCCUAGACACUGUAUAUGAUCAUGGUGCAGAUGUAUAUGGUUUAACGUGCCAUCCAAGUCGUCCCUUCACUAUGGCUUCCUGCUCCCGCGAUUCUACAGUGAGACUCUGGUCUUUAAUACCUUUAAUCACCCCUUUACAAAUAAAUAUUCUGGCAGACAGAUCUUGGGAAGAAAUUAUCGGGAGCACUGACAAUGCUGUAAAACAAGGCACUCCUCCUCUACUGUGUGGGAAAGUGUCACGAGACAUUAAACAAGAAGUAGAAAAACUAACGUGUAACCCUCGAGUGAAAAAGCUAAGAUUGUUUUCACAAUGUUUAUCACCUCCAGGUGGCAGUGACAAUUUGUGGAACUUGGUUGCCGUGAUCCAAGGACAAGAUGACAGCUUGCUUCCUCAGAACUACUGCAAAGGAAUGAUGCAUUCGAAACACCUGAUUAAAUUUAAAACGUCUGAAGCCCAAGAACUAACAACAAUCAAGAUGUCUAAAUUCGGUGGUGGUGUUGGUGCACCUACUAAGGAGAAAAAACUGAAGGAAGCUGCAGAAAUACACCUGAGAUUGGGACAAAUUCAGAGAUACUGUGAACUCAUGGUAGAGCUUGGAGAGUGGGACAAAGCCCUGUCCAUUGCACCUGGAGUUUCUGUGAAAUACUGGAGGAAGUUAAUGCAGAGGAGAGCUGACCAGUUAAUUCAGGAAGAUAAGGAUGAUGUCAUCCCAUACUGUAUAGCCAUUGGUGAUGUGAAAAAACUGGUCAAUUUUUUUGUGUCCAGAGGUCAGCUUAAAGAAGCUCUGCUUGUUUCACAGGCUGCCUGUGAAGGAAAUAUGCAAACCUUACAUGUUUCUACACCUAAGGAAGCUUCAAGUUCUGAUGAUAUCUACAAAGAAGAUUUUAACGAGCUUCUACACAAAGUCAUACAUGAGCUGGCAGAAUGGUAUUUUCAGGAUGGCCGGGCAGUAUUGGCUGCAUGCUGUCAUCUUGCUGUAGAUGAUAUUGAGCUUGCUAUGGCAUACCUCAUCCGUGGGAAUGAACUAGAGCUGGCAGUCUCAGUGGGCACUGUCCUGGGAGAACCUGCGUCCCCAGCAACCCAUUAUGCCCUGCAGUUACUGGCAAGAAAAUGCAUGAUGAUUCCAAUGUGCUGGCCAAUUUUUCAUCUUCUCUCUUCUCAACUCUGUGCACAGGGCCCUGUGUAUUUCCUGGAAGAUGGGAAAUCGACUAUUUCUUUGAACGAUGCUCUGAUGUGGGCAAAGGUGAAUCCAUUCUCACCUUUAGGAACUGGAAUACGACUCAAUCCAUUUUGACUGAAGAUUUUUUUUCUCCAUAAUUAGUAGUUUUUGUAAAAAGAAAAUUUGGAUUAUUUAUAACCUUCAUUUUGGUUGUUCAAGAAUAAUAGGU